ACAAAGGGUAAUCCUGGGAAAAAAUGAUCGAUAUAUCGUGUUUAGGGCUUUCAGUCGGAGAGUCUUUCGUGUCUUUCAAUUGCUUUUCUGAAGGUGUACUCCCCAUAGUCUCUGGGGAGAUCUCCGACCAGAUCUCAGAAUUUCACCAGCGCCGAGGAGGCGGAGAUUUAAGUGUGGAAGAAGAAAUGGCAGGAGCGGAGCAGUGGAAGAACCAUUUGGAGCAGUGGAAGAACCAACUGGAGCCGUGGAAGAAUCAACUAGAGCAAUGGUUGAACCAAGGGAUUGAAUACAUUCAGCAGAUUCCACCAACCCAGCUCUACUCUGCUAUCGCUGUCUUGUUAUUCACAUCCCUUUUGCUCCUUUUGAUUCGGGUGUUCAAGCGCACGAAAUCUAAUACCAUCGUGCUAACUGGGCUUAGUGGGAGUGGGAAAACUGUUCUAUUCUAUCAGCUUCGAGAUGGCUCUUCCCAUCAGGGUGCUGUUACAUCAAUGGAACCAAAUGAGGGCACUUUUGUGCUUCAUUCUGAAACAACAAAGAAGGGCAAAAUAAAACCUGUCCAUCUGGUUGAUGUUCCUGGGCAUUCUCGUCUUCGACUCAAACUGGAUGAGUUCUUGCCUCAAGCAGCAGGAAUAGUUUUUGUGGUGGAUGCUUUGGAAUUCUUACCAAACUGCCGUGCUGCUUCAGAGUACCUGUAUGAUAUCUUGACCAAGGCCAGUGUUGUAAAGAAGAAAAUUCCAGUACUCAUUCUCUGCAACAAAACUGACAAAGUGACAGCACAUACCAAGGAGUUUAUCAGGAAGCAGAUGGAGAAGGAAAUCGACAAAUUAAGGGCAUCAAGAAGUGCAAUAUCAGAAGCUGACAUUGCGAAUGACUUCACACUUGGGGUACCUGGAGAAGUGUUUUCUUUCUCUCAGUGCUCUAACAAAGUUACUGUUGCAGAAGCUUCUGGUUUGACUGGCGACGUAUCUCAGGUGGAACAUUUUCUCAGAGAAAACGUAAAGCCCUAACCAAAUGUUCUCUCCAAUUUCUUGAAUGCGUGGUGUUUUUUGCCUGCCUGGAUAUUUGCCCCAUGUUACUGAACUUGAGAGAGAGAGAGAGAGAGAGAGAGAGAGAGAGAGAGAGGGGGGAGAGGAACUGUGAGCAGUGAACUGUGAACUCGUAGCGGUUGACUGAGAGAAAUGGAUGAGGAUAUCUUUCUUAAUUAAAAGAUCUUUGAGUAAUUUAUUGACCAAGGGCAUCACCAUGCCUCCUCCAACCCUACCAAGGGGUUAUAGACCUA